UCAGCUGUUUACUUUCAAGUUUCUCGAAGCUUUUGUCCAUGUCCAUACGCUGGUGGCGUUUUGGGUUUGUGCAUAACUGCAUAACUUGACAAAUUACUAGUGUCAGAAUUACGCUGCGAUGCAAGUCACACGCGCUUCGCGCACGCAAAUUCUCUAGUGAAGACGCGCACGCUCGUGCUCAUCACGUCUCGCAUCAGUCGAGGAUUGCCUAGGUUACCCUAGAAUCCUCCAGGAUACGCUCGCUGCGGAGUGGACUGGGCCGACAAUCACCACGACCAUCUGGCUAGGAUGCAUCUGUUUUAGUCUGGGGUAUGAAGUGAGAAAAUUAUCGAAAACUAACAGAAUGUUAUUUUUAGUGACUUUGACUUGGCAUGCGUGCGAAACGUAGGUAAAUGCUGCACCCGGAAAAGAUGUCGCGGACGUGCCUGCACUCGCGCGCCGUCCCCGCCGAGUGCUGCGCAUUCUGCGGCCUCGGAGCGCCCUCCACCCUGGUGGACGCCUGCUUUGACUACAUCGUCAACAAUCUAGAAUGCCUCUGCGAUCCGGCGAGCCUAAUGGACAAGCUGAUGCUCAAGUGGCACAUCACGCUCCCAGUGGAGAUCUGUGAACGCCUUCUGCACACGCGCGCGGCAAAAACUCCCAAACUCAUAAAUCACUUUGUGCAAAUCUUCACCGAUCGACAAGCGACGCGAUUAAAACGAGUGCGUUUACGAGGUACGAAUAUAACCGACGAAGGACUCUGCAUUCUGCUCGCGCAUCAAUUGACAGAACUAGACUUAGCUGAUAAUCUAUUGGUGAGCAAGGAUGCGAUUGCGCACAUUUCAUCCGAAGCUUCCUCACUGCUCAGCCUGACGAUCGGCGAGCAAAUGAAUUUGUUUCCGGCGAGUGCGUUCGGCGACAACAUCGAAAAAGAAUACCAGGAUAGGAAUUAUAUUAUUUAUGCGCCGAAUCUGCGCCGGUUGAGUUUGAGGAAGCUGGCGAAGCUGAAACCGGUGUUCUUUCAGCUGCUGUUGAGUCCGAUGCGAAAGUUACAGCAUUUGGAUUUGUCCGCUUGUGGUGCGUUAGGCAACUUUAAGUGCAUGGCACACUUGUCCAACCUAACCUCUUUAGUGUUAUACAAUGUGGCUAAGAUAGAAAAAGGAGUAUUAGUGAUUUGUACGUUAAAAAACCUGCAGCAUUUGGAUAUAUCCCAGUCGAAGGAUGAGAAUGGUAAAUAUGCGAACGGCACCGGGAUUUUGACGUUGUUGAUUCAUUCGUUGCCGAAAUUACGAUCGUUGGAUAUUUCCGGGACGAAUCUUGCUGGUACCGGCGUUGCGGAGAGUCCACAGUGUGUGGAUUGUAUUGGGAGUCCAUCUGCAGGCACGGAUAUUCCUGGUUUGGCGAUGCGCGUGCAUAAUCCACUGCAGUUUAUUGGUUUGUACGAAACUAAGCAUGAUGCGUGUUUACGACAUGAUAUUCCUGCACAACUGAUCGCUGGAAAUGCAAACGAAGAACAGAUUUUUAUCGCUGCGUUAGCUUAUUUGGACCGUGCCGAAAUGCUGCAGAAAGUUUUGAAUGAAUUAUUUCAUCUGUUUCGUUAUGAAACUUGUAAACAUGUCGGGCAAGCUUUGUACAUUGUAUUAGAGGCCAUGAAUCGCCAUCCGAACGAACGCCAUAUACAAAUUUCAGGAAGUGCUACAUUGUUUUACAUCGUCAAGGGAACAGGAAAAGAGCUGCAUGAAGUGAUGCAGGUGAAGCGGCGCAUUAUAACCACACUUUUGGACGCCAUGUGUGUGUAUCGCUAUGACGAUACGAUGAUGCGCAACGGUUGCCUAACUCUGUGCCAGUUUAAAAUACCUGACGAUGUUGUGUUUGAUUUUGAGCGACUGGUUAUUAUUCUGCUGCAUUCCGUGCAGGGCAUGGCGCAGGAAAGUUUCGUUCAACGCAUUGGUAUUUAUCUGCUGAAUUCGCUGGCUUGUCAAGUCGAUGCGAUCCAGAAGAUAAAACUCGGUGAAUUGGGGGUUAUAAACAAAAUGUUAGGUUUAAUCGAUGAUCGUUUGGAUCGUGGAUUGUGUGAUGAUGUUCUUGAAGCGACGUGGUCAACGAUGUGGAAUGUCACCGAUGAAACACCAGCGAACUGCAGUAAGUUUCUAGAGGGCGCUGGCAUGGAAUAUUUUCUCAAGUGCCUCGGCAAGUUUCCCGACAAGGAGGAAUUGCUGCGUAACAUGAUGGGUUUGUUAGGCAAUGUCGCCGAAGUGCGCGCGCUGCGCCACCAUUUGAUGAACCCCAAAUACAUUGCGGUGUUCGCGGCGCUGUUGGAUAGUUUAAGCGAUGGUAUCGAGGUGAGUUAUAACGCUGCGGGUGUUAUUUCACACAUAGCUGCUGAUGGACCAGAGGCAUGGACGGUGGAACAGCCUAGCCGUGAAGAAGUCCUCUGGAAAAUGGUGACCGCCAUUGAUAAAUGGGACUUGCGCAGUGAUCGCAACAUUAAUUAUCGCUCAUUCGAGCCGAUUCUUCAUCUGGCGCGGACGUUUGAGACCCCGGAGUGUCAGCAAUGGGCAGUGUGGGCUUUAGCUAAUCUUACCGGCGUUUAUCCGGAAAAAUACUGUGAUGUAGUAAUGAGUGAAGGUGGCAUGCAUCUGCUGGACGAAAUCAUUGACCAUCCACUUCCUCCGAGGAGAGUGAAGGAGUUGGCACACAUUGUAAUCGAGAAUUGCCGCACGUUUAAAGAGCGCUGUUGCAUGCUGGACGGGUGAAACAUUGGACGAGAAUCGCGCCUUCCAUUCGCAGCUUAUUAUUUUACCUCAUCAUGUACCUCAUCGUUGAUUUCCGAUUUAAUAUUCUGUAACAACUCGAUAACUUUUUGAAUCCCUUUCUAGUUAUAUUUAUUUUUUAUCAAGUCCGACUUCUUUGUCAUAUGAUGUUAUUUUUUAUACCAAACUUGCGCGAUUUGAAGCGAGAGGCGUGCAGAUCCGUGACGAGAUGGUUGUUACGCAGGUUAAAUAUUUAGAUAUGUUUUUUUGUUUGUUAAAUUAUAAUUUUUUUAAAUAUGUCGUACUAGGACGAGAAUUAUGCGUAUUUAUCGAAAUGCCCGAGGUGGAGAGAUGAAAUUGUACAGAAAUUCUCUUUGCUGCUUUAAAAGAGUACCUAUGUUAUACAUUAUUCUAUAAACAAAUUAAAACUGAUUUCGAUACUAAAA